AUGGCUACAGGUAUGGACGAAGUAAAUAUUUUCGAAUCAGUUAAUAUGGAAAAGAGCUCCUGUAACGGUCGUCUUUGCGCCAAAUGUGACAAAUGCCGUGAUUGGUAUUAUAUAGGUGAUUCAACAAGUUUAGCAUGGCUACAAAAUUGGAAGAAUUGGUCUAAGAGUGAUUGGGAACGUUAUCGUGAUAAUGAAUUUUCCAAGGAUUUCAAAAAGCGUGAUGAUGCAACAUGUUAUUUUUAUUUUUGUAUUCUUGAUGGUGAUAUUGCUCUCUCUCUUCAUCUUCAUUCUCUUGGUGCUGAUGCUUAUGCUCAUGCUCAUCAUGAUCUUUGCUUAUGUAAUGAGAACAUUCGUAUUUGA